ACAGCAACUUCAUCCUGGCCAACGCUCAGGGCCGCUGUGGCUUCCCCAUCGUGUACUGCUCCGAUGGCUUCUGCGACCUCACCGGCUUCGCGCGCACCGAGGUCAUGCAGAAGAACUGCAGCUGCCGCUUCCUCUGCGGGGCUGACACCAGUGAGCCCGCCCUGCAGGGCAUCGAGAAGGCCCUGGACAGCAGGCAGGAGUACCAGACUGAGGUCUGCUUCUACAAAAAGAGCGGAGCUGCCUUCUGGUGCCUGCUGGACAUCAUGCCCAUCAAGAACGAAAAGGGGGAGGUGGUGCUCUUCCUCUUCUCCUUCAAGGACAUCACAGAGAGCCGAGGCAGGAGCUGCCCUGGUGACAAGAAAGAGGAGAAGCAGACGAGUGAGAAGCAGAGGAGCAAGAAGCCUGGCAGCUCCCACCUGAGGGCUGCACGGAGGCAGGGCCGGACCAUGCUGCACCAGCUCAGCAGCCAGUUUGCCCGCAGGGACCGUGGAGAGAUGAAAAUCAACCGUAAUGUGUUUGAGAACAAGCCAUCCAUCCCCGAGUACAAGGUGGCCUCGGUGCAGAAAUCCCGCUUCAUCCUGCUCCACUACAGCAUCUUCAAGGCUCUCUGGGACUGGCUGAUCCUGCUGGCCACCUUCUACGUGGCUAUCACUGUCCCCUACAACGUCUGCUUCACGGGCACAGAGGACAGUCUGUCAGCUGCUCGCAGCACCAUCGUCAGCGACAUCGCUGUGGAGAUGCUCUUCAUCCUCGAUAUCAUCCUCAACUUCCGGACAACGUACGUCAGCCAGUCGGGCCAGGUUGUGUACGACCCUCGCUCCAUCUGCAUCCACUACGUGGCCACCUGGUUCUUCGUGGAUCUGAUUGCUGCUCUGCCCUUCGAUCUGCUCUACAUCUUCAACGUGACCGUGACCUCGCUGGUUCACCUGCUGAAGACGGUGCGGCUGCUGCGGCUGCUGCGGCUGCUGCAGAAGCUGGACCGCUACUCGCAGUACAGCGCCAUGGUGCUCACGCUGCUCAUGUCCAUGUUUGCCCUGCUGGCCCACUGGAUGGCCUGCAUCUGGUACGUCAUCGGCCGCCAGGAGCUGGAGAGCAACGACCCGCGCACCUGGGACAUCGGCUGGCUUCACGAGCUGGGCAAGAGGCUGGAGGCUCCCUACAUCAACAAUUCCGUGGGGGGCCCCUCCAUCCGCAGCGCCUACAUCGCCUCCCUCUACUUCACCCUCAGCAGCCUGACCAGCGUGGGCUUUGGGAAUGUUUGCGCCAACACCGACACCGAGAAGAUCUUCUCAAUCUGCACCAUGCUCAUUGGGGCUGCUCCACGACUUCCCCGACGAGCUGCGCGCGGACGUGGCCAUGCACCUCAACAAGGACAUCCUGCAGCUGCCCAUCUUCGAGACCGCCAGCCGGGGCUGCCUCCGCUCGCUGUCCCUGCACAUCAAAACCUCCUUCUGUGCCCCGGGCGAGUACCUGCUGCGCCAGGGCGACGCCUUGCAGGCCAACUACUUCGUGUGCUCGGGCUCCCUGGAGGUGCUGAAGGACAACGUGGUGCUGGCCAUCCUGGGCAAAGGGGAUUUGAUUGGAGCCGACCUGUGCAGAACGGACCAGGUGAUCAAGACCAACGCGGACGUGAAGGCUCUGACCUACUGUGACCUGCAGCACAUCGGCCUGCGGGGGCUCUGUGAGGUGCUGCAGCUCUACCCCGAGUACGCCAGCAAGUUCACAGCUGACAUCCACCAGGAUCUGACCUUCAACCUGCGUGAGGGCAGCGAGACGGAGGUGGGUGCGUGUCCUCCUGCUCAGCCCCUUGCUGUGCUCACGGCCCUGGAAGGGGGUCUGUGCACUCAGGUUGCAAGGUUGGGGAAGGGGCUGCAGCUCUGCCACGCAGGUAUGUCCUGUCCUGGCUCUGUGCAACCCAGGGAAUUGGCAGAGAGAGCCUUUGCAGUGCAGGAGGAUGAGGUAGAUGGAAAUGGGGGGGUACUGCAGGACAGACAGCCAAGGCAAAGCGCUCUGGAGUGCAGCACGCAGCUGGGGGCUGUGGGUUAAUCAUGCUGAUGGCUCCAGGGGAGGAUGUUCUGCUGCAGAAAUGGCUCUGCUGCACUUUACCUCCCCCAGCUCUGCUGAGAGAGGCUUGGAGCUCCUCUGGAGCAUCUCCCUGGUACCCAGUUUCCCCCUGAGCCUCAUGGAGGUGGUGCAGGAGGUCCCAAACAGCCCUAGCAAGAUGCACCAUGUCCAUAACACAGGAGGGGCGUAAACAAACCAAGAGAGGAGGAUGCCAGGGGUGUGCACCAGGCUCUGCAGCUGCAUCACCCUUCCGCACUGGUGGGAGUUCAGCCAUCAGGGCUGGUGCUCUGAUGGCUGAACCAGGGCUGGGAUUUGGGGUGCAGCCUCAGCUCUGGCUCAGGACACUCAGGUUGGGCAGCUCACCAUUGACAGGGCAGCAGCACAGGAAGGAGAGUGGCUGAGGGGCUGUGGA